ACAUAUGUGCUAAGAAUUAACUGAAUAAAAAGAAGCACUUCGUAUCGGAUCGUCAUCGCACCGUCCCGUUGUUCGCAAUUUCAUUUCAUUUCCAACGCGAUUCUCGUUCAACGUACGUUGGUACAUAGCCUGUCCGUGCAUACAUACGUAUGUACUUAUGUAUGUACACAUGUACUUUCAAUAUCGACGAUGGCAUCACAAAAACACGACGCGCACACAAACACGCACUCACGUAAAUCGACGUCGACGACAGCGGAAUACCUAAGAGCCAAAGCAGCGGCAGAAUAAAGAAACAAGGAAACAUUUGCACGCCAGCGGAGCAACUGCAGCAGAGCACCACCAGUGCGCGCACCACCAGCGACAAGAAAAACCACUUCAACAAAAGAGGAUAACAUACUGGAAGUGCUCCACUCGCACAGCACCACAAAACACAUACACUUAUGCACACACAUACGGCUAUAUAGCAACAUAUACACACUGUACGUGCCCGACGGUGGGAAAGUAAACCGACAUCUUUUUACGACCGCCGAGAGUUUUGCAAUCAGAAGAAGUCGGAGAGCCGACUCGAGUCGAUCGGCCAGCCCUUUGAUAAGCCAGAGAGAAGGGAGCAGCUCAGCUUAAAACAGAGAAUAAAAGAGAGGAACAGGUUGCCAAGUUGAACGCGCAACGAAUUUGGAAAUCGAGUCAGCCGAAAGUGCGUGAGCGUGAUCGUUUGUACGUAGUCCCAAAAAAAACCUAAAGAAACACAGAGAGACCCGCAGACCCGGACUUGCAUUUAAUACAUACCAUCUUGAAGGGUUUCCAGCCCAAGCCCAUGAGCAGCUGAGCCAGCGGCAACAGCAAAAACGGAAACCAGACUUAAACCUUAAAUACCCGAUCCAAGCCAGAUCCAAAUGAAAACGCUAGUGCUCAGUGCGGAUGACCUGCAGAACUUCAAUAAGUUCAUCUAUGACCCCAAGUCAGCUGCCCAGCUGGCCGCUAGUGCUGGAGCAAUUGGAGCAGCAGCGGCGGCAGCAGCAGCGGUCCAUGGCCCGCCAGCUGGCACCACAGUGCAGCUACUCCAGAGCGGAGUUGGUGCGGUCAAUCCCGGCGUAAUGCCCGUUUCCGUGCCCGUUCCCACCAGCACAGCCAACAGUGCCAACAAUUUGAUGGCGCUGCACUACUACCUGAAGCAUCCGGGUAUCCAGCAGAUGCCCAUCCCACAGCAGCAACAGCAUCAACAACAACAACAACAGCAACACCAUCACCAGCAUCAGCAACAGUUGCUAGCACAGUCGCAGACGCAACUGAAACAGCUGCAGCUCAAGCAGCCGACAAUCCACCAGCACCAGCAGCACAUCAGCUACCACCAUCAUCCGUACUACCAGCAGCAGCCACAACAGGCGCCUCCACCGCAACCACAACCUCUUAAGAGCCAGCCACAGUCGCACCUGCCCGUACACGCCCUUAAUCAGAACUCCAACUUCUCGGCGGCCAGCUCCAGUACAGGAGGUACCGCCUCCAGCCAUGCGCCUACACAGCAAUCAAAUGGAUCUAGCGUUUCACCUACCAUUGUGUCGAGGGUGGCGGCCGUUGGGGCACCUAGCAGCAGUAACAUUGCAGCGGCGGCUAAUGCUUUGCUACGGGCAUCGGCUGCCUCCACAGCUCCGAGCUCAUCCGCCUCAUCGUCCUCUUCGUCCUCAUCCGCGUCGUCGAGCUCGUCAUCCAGCAGCUCUUCCUCCAGCGCUAGCAGCUUAGCGAAUUGCGCUAAAAAGCUGAAGACGGAACCGGUACUCUCGCAGUAUAAUCAAACAGAGCGCCUUAACUUCGCCAAUACGUAUAUCGUGUGGAGCGAAGAACACUGGCGGCGGGUGGUGUUCCAUGAUGAGCGUAGAUUUAACUUGGACGGGCCGGAUGGCUUCUCUUAUUAUUUCCACGAUUUACGCAACUACGAGCGCACGCUGUCGCAGCGGCCGCGAGGAAAUUCCGUGUACAUUUACCUGAUGGUCUGUGUGGGAGGAGCCGUGCAUCUGGAGGUGUCAUCUGCCAAACAGCGACCAGAAUCCUGCAUCGAGGCCAUUAUGCGAGAGCGGCCUAAUAUCGUAACCAAACUGGGCGGAAACUCGGAAUUUGUUCUGCAGGAUCACAACUGGAUGUCGCAUGCCCUGCCCACCGCCCAGGACCUUCUGAAUGCUGAAGGUCUGAAGACCCAAAAGUGGCCCACCAUCGCUCACGAUUUGAAUAUCAUGGAGAACGUAUGGGGCUGGCUCAUCCGCGAGGUAUUUGAUGGAGGACGAAAGUUCUCGCGCAAGGACGACUUGAUAUUCCGUAUCAAGGAGGCGUGGUCCCGCCUGCCGCUCGACUUGAUCACCAACCUGUACAGCACGUUGCCGGAACGAAUCACGGAGCUCUAUUACACCCAGGGCGUGUACACGAAUUGUUGACAUCGGCGUACAGAACAACCAGGAUGUGGACAGGGCUCAGGGCACUUGGCCGCUUUGGCGGUCGUGCAGGCAGACGAUGAUCGUGUUCCAGAACCAGAACCAGAUCUGAGGAGUAUAUUGAACUCUUCGAAGUCUGCCAGAGACCGGAGAGCGAAGGAAGCAAAUCUUUAUAUACAAUUUAACUUAACUUUUUGUGUAUAGCUUUAAGAUGUGUGCAAAGAAGCGAACAGGACUGCUUGGAGACCGACGGACUGAAAGCAAGAAAGACAGACGACCUGGACGGACAGACAGACGGACGAACAGACUUGGGUUAUAAGUUAUAACGUUUUUUAGUUAUUUAAAAUAUUAUGGAAAACAGAAAACCAGCAGAUUGUGGGCAGAACACACGUUAAGUGUUGCCAUAUCGCUUUGUAAUUAGUGUUUUUAAUCCUGCCCCAUUUCCCCCCCCUUAUUUGCCUCUUUAAACCACCCUUUGCCCUAUAAAGAGAAACCCUCGUAAUUUGUAAGUCUUAAUUUAAGUUGUCGUUUUCCUUUUUACCACCCUUGUCCCAAUCUAUUAAGAAUAUAAAAAAUAUAUUAGUUACAAACAAGUUUAUUUGAACUUAA